GUUGCAGUCGACCUGACGGCUGCCAGACCGGCCGAGCUCAUCAUCAGCUGUGACUCCGACACCACCGUCUUUUUCUACCACAACAAAAACGUCACAAUCCACAGCUCCCGCAGGUGUACGGUUAUGGGGGCGGAGGCUGUUCCGUUUCACUUCGAUGAUCUUCUGUCACGAGUGGUGGAGGAGUUUGGGGGCGUGUCCUCGUUCACCACCCUCACAAGCCAGGACCCAAUCACCUUCACCGGACACACAGCUCCAGGAGGAGGCUCUGUUGAGUGUACCCCAAAAAGCGGAUUUUUCCCAGAAGACUACAUCCUGGUGUACGGCCCCCCCCCCCCCCAUGUCGUUCUGCUCCCUCGAUCCCAACGCGGCCGAGAGGGAGGUGCACGUCAUCGUCAUCCCGGACGAUGUGGAAAUCCGAAACGUGUCCAUCGGGUUUGUUUCUCAGCAGAAGAUCACCUUAGUCCUGAAAGGCCCAAACGGAACGCUGUGGACCAUCCCAGCCCCUCCCGAUCAGCUGAGUAUCCUCUGCAGCAACCAGUUCCUUCUGCCUGACUUCCUGGCUGGACCGACUCUGCGCUAUGUGAAGGACAGUGCCCAAUCCUUCUGGACCAACGUGCAGCUGAAGGUGGGAAACUUCACCAGCUACACAGAGAUCAGAGGAGGCGGGUCCUCCCUCCGGCUGGUCAUCGGAAGAGGAGACAGACCAGCACCAGAGCCCCGGCCCUCAGCAGCAGAGCCGGCGGCCGGGCCCUGGCCCCCCCGGCCCCAGACCCCCCUGCAGCUCCAGCUGUCCGAUGGGCCAGACCACCGCACGCCCCUGCCCUCCGCCCAGAUCACCCCCGGGAGCAUGAUCUACGCCAACGUCUCCAGUUGGAACAGACCCUUCCUGACGCUGGCUGUGACCGGUUGCCGGGUGCGGUCCUGCCCGGCGACGCGUGAGCUGCUCCUCGUGACGCAGAGCUGCUCCUCCUUCUCCUGCCUCCUCGUCCUCUCCCUCCCGCCCGGCCCGGAUCAGCGACGGGACCAGUGGCAGGAGCAACCCUCCCUCGGCUGGGUCCUGGAGUGCACCGUGCAGCUGUGUUCAGACGUGGGCGGGAAAACGGACUGUGAAGCCAGAAGUGCAGUCAGAAAUGUGGAGGUGCUCGGAUCCUCUCCCCGACCGUCAUUAACCCCCCCAGAGCGAUGUUUGGACUUUGGUCUCUCGGCCGUGCUUGGCAUUGCGUUCGGCGGGUUCCUGAUUGGCAUUCUUUUCACUGGAGCUCUGUGGUUCAUCCAGGUGCGCACAGGACGCUCGCGCUCCGUGAGCAAGCGCCUCCCCGUGCCAGUGAACCCCGCCUCCUGCCCCACCUCCUGCCCGACCUCCUGCCCCACCUCCUGCGGAGACAGCAGCGCCAGCCCCAGCCUGGGCAGCACCAAGAGCACGCCCACCAGCAGCAUGGCCUGAGGGACGGCCUGAGGGACGGCCUGAGGGACGGCCCACCCACCAGCGCGCUCCUGGGGGUCUCACCACAGACAUGUACUGUUUCCCAGAAGCACCUGUGCUGCACAUACACUCAAGCAAACGCACUCACGCACACACACACACACACUCAUUUGUGCACAUGUACACACCCACACACACAGACACAAACAAACACACACACACACACACACACACACACACACACACAUGUGCUUGUGUCCCAGAAAGGCCCGCAUGGAGGACCUGAGCUCCCAGCAACAGGAAAAACACAGGAAAAAACCCCCAAGAACAGGAAAUUCGCCGCAUUCUUCUGACAUAAAACACGUCGCACCGGUGGCCGGACAAUGAGAUUCCAUCUGGAGAAAAAAAAAGAAGGACUUUCUUUAACAUCAUCAGAGACGCCGCUUCCCUCACUGUGACCCCGUGGGGGGCCAGCGCUGACCCAGGCAAAGGAGAGCACCCACAGCCAAACUGUUUUCAGAGUGGCCUGCAGCCCUUGUGAAACGUUGGUGCUGACAGUAGCAAUAUCCUCGAUUCCCUGUGACGAAUUGUCAUUUGCCCGUGCAUUAGUUAGUCUUUUGUAUUUAUGAGGAGAAUUCUACCUCUCGACUUACCUCUGCACAACACUGUGAAGCAUUUCACUAACUAGAAAGAGAGGGGCUGGAUUAAGAGGCAAUGAACACACAAACAGGAAACAGCAACACAGAAAUGGGCAUGAAACCUGGUCUGUUUGCACUAACUUACAGGUGUCAAACUCCAGUCCUGGAGGGGGCGCUGUGUCUGCAGGUUUAACUCCAGUCCUGGAGGGCCGCAGUGUCUGCAGGUUUAACUCCAGUCCUGGAGGGUUGCAGUGUCUGCAGGUUUAACUCCAGUCCUGGAGGGCCGCAGUGUCUGCAGGUUUAACUCCAGUCCUGGAGGGCCCAGUGUCUGCAGGUUUAACUCCAGUCCUGGAGGGCCGCAGUGUCUGCAGGUUUAACUCCAGUCCUGGAGGGCCGGUGUGUAUGCAGCUUUAACUCCAGUCCUGGAGGGCCGCAGUAU